AUGGCAUCUAUUGCUGGCAAGGUGUUUGCCCUCACCGGCGCGGCGUCGGGCAUUGGAUUGAACACAUGUUGCCGGCUUGCACGCCUAAAAGCCCGUGCCAUCUCCAUCGGCGACAUCAACCCCAGUCACCUUGAAGUCGCGAAGAAGAAGCUGCUCGACAUCAACCCCGAUGUGCAAGUCCUGACCUCCAAGGUUGACGUUGCUUCGAGCCUCGACCUCAAUGCCUGGGUCAAAGACACGGUCGGCACGUUUGACGCUCUGGACGGAUCAGUCAACUGCGCCGGAGUUAUCAACCCGGCCACGUCGCAGCAAGGCCCCUUAUUCUUGAACGAGACGGACGAAUCGUGGAACCGAGUGGUCGGGAUCAAUCUGACGGGCGUCCUGUACAGUCUGCGAGCGGAGGUCAAGGCCAUGUUGGCCCUGCCUAAAGCACCCCGAAGUAUUGUCAACAUCGCGAGCGCGGCCAGUUUGUUCCACGACCCAACCAUCCUGUCAUAUUGUGUCACGAAAGGGGCCGUCGCAAAUCUCACCACGACGAUCUCGAAGGAUCUGGCUUCGGUAGGGAUUAGACUGAAUGCUGUCUCUCCUAGUGCGACAAAGACGGGAAUGGCUCUGCAGUGGUACAAAGAUGAGGAAGAAGCGGUGGCUGAUAUGGCGAAACGAGGCAUCACGUUGCUUGAACCCGACCUAGUUUCAGACACGGUCGUGUGGCUGUUGGGUAACGAGUCGGAGGGUGUAUCUGGAGUCAACAUUCCCGUUGGAGCAAGUACUCCGUGA